GAGAAAGAGACAUGCAGGCGUCUGGACAUCCGUUUCAAAGCAAGGCGACGAAAAAUAGACAAAAGGCUACCUACUCCUGAUGUUCCUGUCAAAUUUUUUCCUUGCUAUGAUGCUAUAACCUGUAUUGGAGCUAAGAUCCUCUGACUUUGUAUCAGCCCUCCCAUCAUCCUUGACAGAGAAAUUUGCCCCCCUUGAUGCAGCUCGUGCUCACUCUUAAAACUGAAGACACUCCCACCAGAACGUGUUCCUCUCAGGCUGAGGUGCGCACCAUAGCUGCUGUUCACAACCCCAGCUUUACUGAAAGGCAACACCUCGGUGGAUCUGCCAAGGACGCAGCCUUUGAAUCUAUCUGAAACAGCUUUUGUUAAUGAGGCCACUGAAAACCUCUCUCACCCUCGUCUCUCUCUCUCUCCAUGGAUGAAUAAAAAGUUGACUCCUGUGCGUAAAGGAGCCAGACCGAAUCAUGCAUUGCGCAGAAUCUCUGCUCACUUACAAUUAAUUUACCGGAGCGAGGAUCAUCUUCAUCUCAUAGGAUGCGCGUCGCGCACUGAUUGUCAUUGAAUGGUUUUAAGAAACGGGUGCCAAACUUGCGUAAAGAGGCGGAUUGUGCACAAAAAGGCUUCUAUGUGAUUUACAUUAUGUCAGCCAUACGGAGGAAAUUUGGAGAGGACUACCAGGUGGUGAAUACCAACCGGAGUAUUACUUUUUCUGCUCCGGUGAAGAGGAAGAGGCAGCGGUUUGUGGAGAAGAACGGCCGCUGCAACGUCCAGCACGGUAACCUUGGCGGGGAGACCAGCCGAUACAUCUCCGAUCUCUUCACCACAUUGGUGGAUCUCAAGUGGCGCUGGAACCUUCUUAUCUUCAUUCUCACUUACACAGUCGCGUGGCUGGUGAUGGCUUCCAUGUGGUGGGUGAUCGCCUACAUUCGAGGGGACCUGAGCCACGGCGGCCACGACUCAUCCUACACUCCGUGCGUCGCCAACGUUUACAACUUUCCCUCAGCGUUCCUGUUCUUCAUCGAGACGGAGGCGACAAUCGGCUACGGCUACCGCUACAUAACUGAGAAAUGCCCCGAGGGUAUCAUCCUCUUCCUCUUUCAGUCCCUGUUGGGCUCCAUCGUAGACGCCUUCCUCAUCGGCUGCAUGUUCAUCAAGAUGUCGCAGCCGAAGAAGCGCGCGGAGACGCUGAUGUUCAGCCAGGACGCGGUGAUCUCGCAGCGGGACGGGAAGUUGUGCCUCAUGUUCCGCGUGGGGAACCUGCGGAACAGCCAUAUGGUGUCCGCUCAGAUCAGGUGCAAACUCAUCAAGGUAGGCAACAAAAAUCACAAAAAUGCACCCCUCAAGUAGGCACUCUUACCUCUUUUUUUCAUCUGGAGUCUGGAAACGCUACGAUCAAGGCUGAGGCUAAUUGUCAGUCACUUAAUUUGUUCUGAAAUAGCUCAUUAUGUUUUAUGAGUGCUUUCCAAGUCAUGCAUUGAAUUUCUAUUCAUCUCCAGAAUUGAUUGCACUCCCUGGGGGUCUCUGGGAUUUGCAGAGUCCAUAGUUUAAGCUGAAGAUGUAUUAUAAUGAGUGACCAUUUUUAAUUCCCCCCUGCAGCAACUUCUUUAUAACAGGACUGGUCCUCAACACCUUUUUCAUUUUGUCUAUCCUCCCUCCUCUUCCCUGGUCUGCAGUGUGUGUGUGUGUGUGUGUGUGUGUGUGUGUGUGUGUGUGUGUGUACAGUCAGGGUCCUCACAAACUGUCCCCCCAAACUGUCCCCCCAGUCAGCAGAAUGGAUGUCAGUGGGCUGUAUAUCUAAGUUCAGCCUGUGCUUCAGCUGUCUACAGAAGAGACGAAUGGGCCCCUAGGGGACAGUUGGUGGGGAAAGUAGGCUUAUUGACUAAAGGAUCAAUGGAACCCAUUCCUACACUUUAAGAGAGACACUUGAGUAAAGACUAUUUUUGAGGUCUCAUUCAGCUUGAGAUAAAACACCACUAAGAAAGCAGAAACAAUACACACAAUUGUUUUAUUAAUUAACAAUCCUUUUUUAUGUAUAAUGUGAAAAUACAUUAUAUACAGAAGCCUUGAGUGAACACGCAUCCUUGUACUUUAUUUACACUGUUCUUCUGUAAUCAGGAGUUUCAUUCAGUUACUUUUUUUUAAAAUCUAAACAUCACGCCAGGUGUCAGAUCAUCACUCCUAUCUCCAGAAGUUGCAAAACUACACAACAAACAUGGAGAGAGGCCUAAUUUACCUCAUCUGUGUGGGCAAUGGCAGCAGGACAUGAUUUGGUCUGGCUUGUAACUGUCAGCAGCCUGUUGUUUUGUUUUCUUGAUUGCCAGAAAACUAUCAAAUUAUCACAUGAUCAGAAAACAAGCCUCGUUGGCCGGAGAUAAUGAGAUAAAUUAUUUUGUUGUUCCUGUAAAAUCAGCUUUGUUAUCCCAAAAUAACAAGAAAAAGGAAAAUAACUAAGGGGAAAUCUCCAGUGUUGCAUAGGCAUGUCCGGAGACGUAUCUAGGGGUGGCACAGUCCCCCUUUUAGAUCCAACUGACCAGCCUAAAAUCCUAAGCUAUAAUCAUCUUUCUGCCUUGUCAGAGUCAGGAACUGUGUUAAAUUGAACUAUUUUGGCUGUGCUUUAACAGUUUUAACAGGUAAUGGUAAUAGUUUUCUCUGUACUUAAAUGUUCUUAGUUUGUUUGCAGUUACUUUGGUCAAACACACUCUUUUUAAAAUGCUUUUAAGAUUUGAGCAAAGAUGAUUUUCUGUAUGUGUUGCAGAUCUGGGUUUUGGAAUUAAAAAAAUAUACAAAGUAAUAUAAAAACCUGUUCAGCGGCAGCUGUUGCUCAACUGGCAGAGCCAGCCGUCUCCAUAUCAAAGGGUUGGGGGUUCAAUCCCAUAUUGCAAAGUGUCCUUGGGCAAGACACUUGACCCCACUCACUCCUGCUGGCUGCUCCCAGUGGUGUGUAAAUGGAAUUAGUCAAAAACUGAUGGACUCGUCAGUGUUUGAAGGACACUGCAAGAAGUUAUGAUGGACAGCAGCUUUGGUUUGAGUAUAAUCUCUCAAUUUUGAACCAUAACAGAAAUGACCAUAAAUUGAAAACGCUUCAAUUAAAGUCCUAUUUCAGGACAGCUGUGUGUCUGCAUCUCCUUACAGAGAUAGCCCUAGAUUAUAGAUGAUAUAUGUAUGAUUUUAUAACAGCAGGGAGAGUGUUGUGGUUUUGUCAUCUCUGUGGAGUACUGUGGUGAUCUCUAGUGACUGUUUACAUAGUGAACCUCUAGGGUUAAAUCAGCAAGAAGCUCCCAGUUAUAUUGCAUUACUGUAGUUAGUGCUUUAUGUUGCAGUGAAAGCCCUAGGUGUUAUAAUCUCCUCGGUCUGUUUAAUCUUUCUUUUUAUUACAGUGAAAAGAAACAGUUCUCAUCAGAGGAAUAAAAGUCACCUAGUUUAACACUUUAAAACCCUCGAUUAAAUAACUUAUCUUUGCUAAUGUUUCAGCUGUCUAUAGACAGAGUUUUAUCCCAUUUCUACUAUCACUGUUUAAUUAACAGCCUGGAAAAGCAAAGAAAAUAUGGUGUGGUAAUCACACUGACUCAACCCAGCAUUAGAGCCCCACACAUGCUGUAUCAUCAUUUUUCCUCCCUCUACAGAGACCUACAGGACAUGGGGAUUAUUUAAUAUUCUGACAAAGAUGCCUAUAUUCACCUGAGGGAUAUACUGUCAUGUUUGACCUUGGUUUAAUUCGUCUGCGCAGGGAGAGUGCUGAUAGUACUGAUAAAUAAAAGGCUGUAACUUUUUACUUUACAAGGAGCCACUGCAGACUUAUUAUUCCAGAUUAAUUAUGUAGAGGAUUUAGAUAAUGUGCUUGAUUUGAUCCCUUAAGGGCAAUAGAAGUGUUGAAAAUGUAAAGUUUGAGCAGAUCUGGUUCACAACAAUAAAAGCAGAAAAAAACCCUGCACUGACUGCUGCAGUCCUGUUGCAGAGUGGAUACAUUUUGUAAUACUUCAGCUGCACUGUACCUGCAUUACCUCCAAGGACUUUUAAAAGAACAACAACCUGCCUGAGUGUAUUAUGACAAAAGGUAAAUAAACCUCAGUGGGAAUGUUUGAAGUGUUCUCACACAUCUGCUUUUCAUAGUAUUUUAUUUAUUUAAACGGUCUUUGCUUUCCUUCAAAGAGCGAUUGAUUUGAUUUUAUUCUGAUCCUGAUCUGGGAUCUCUGCCAGCAGAUGAUGAUCUGUAAAAUGAUGAUUAAAUUGUCCGUAAAGCCACGUCCAUCAUUAAUGUGCUGUGGAAGGUCAGAGAUGCAGGAAUUUCUUAUUUGUCUGUUUGACCACCAUCAAUCCUACCUUUAGUAAGACCAAUCACCAAUCAAAGCAUGCUUUCUGCAGUUCACUUUUCCCAGUGCAGUUUCACAAGUUCUUUGGAUUUUCUAGGACUGAUACACUUCAAAAGAUCAACUGGUUUGACACAGAUCCCUUUUCUUUUCUCACAGCUUCAGAUUGAACUCAGUUUUUAACUAAAUGCCUGGUGCAGGAUUCUACUGUGAAACUCCUGCAGAACAGCUGCAAUGUUAUAAUGUCUCUGUUAAAGUAUGUUAACUGACACUAUGAUGUUUUAGAGCCCAUAAAACUACACCACUGCGCUGCCAGACUUUAUAGCGGGCCUUUGUGGAGUAAAUUGACUGUACAUCACCCUGUGGUACUAUUCUUGCACUAUGGAGACAAAGGCAUGGCUUGUGUUCAGGUAACACAUAGCUCAAGGUCACAGGGAGAAGGCCUGCCAGUAGAGCUGAGGGGAGAAAAGAGACGUGCUGCAGUAAAUCCUUAUGAUGGAGCUGUGUAAACGCACUCUGACAUGACAUCUGCAACCCAGUGUCACGGAGAGUCAUGAGUUGUAAAUUCUUAUGGGACCUGGACACUGCAAGUUUAUAAAAGGUUUGUAAGCAUGCUGUGUUGUUGCAGCAUUUGAACUCAUUUUUAUCUCCUUAUGUUUACUUUUACUCAAUGAUCCAGGGAGUGAUGCUUGAGGAUUAUUAUCUUAGGUUUUGUAUUGAUUGUAAACAAACCUGUCUUAACAUCAAGCUUUAGAAAAUAUGUGAAGAUUUUUUUGUACAAUGUAGAGCAAGUUAAAAAAAAAAAACCUGUGCCGUGCAGUAACACAAAGCUGGUUAUUAUCUUGAUAAGCUACUCUAGAAUUUCUGUGAGUAUCUUCAUGUAAGGUUACUCCAGGGUCAACUACAGACCUUUUCUGGUUGAUGUAACAACAAUGAGUGUUUUUGUUUAUAAAACUUAAGUUAUAUUCUGGGUAUCCAGCUCUGUCAGUCUGUUUGGCAUCGUGGACAGGCUUAAAACUACAGAGACCAAGGUGAAUUGUUAUGGUAACACCAGGCUAACAAUAAGGUGCAAUGUGAUACAAUAUGAUACAAUAUGAUACAAUACAAUACAGAACAAUACAACCCACUUGGAUAUGGUAUACGUUACGUUACGUUUUACGAUACGAUACGAUACGAUACGAUAACAUACUCAUUAAAAGGCCCAGGACAAUAUCAAUAAUAUGGAGAUACAGCAAUUGUACAAUGAUUUUAAGACUGUAUGACAGUCAAACUGUAUAAUCAUAUAUCAAAAUGUAUGACAAACCGAUGAAUACUAAAUGGAAAGUACAUGAUUUAUGUUAUACACCCAAAUACCAUAAAUCAUGAAGUAGUGACGCUAUGUCCAAAUUAAAAUCAGUUAAGAGUGCUGUAUUAGCUUUGAUCACAAUACUGAUAUUUGGCUCAAGCAACACAGUUACCACCACACAAGUUAAGACAACAAUUUAUGUUACAGUAAAAAGUUGUCUCUUUGUUCCUGUGAGCUUUGUUUAAAAAGAUAUAAGAUGACUCGUCAAUGUUGUAACUGUGUUGAAGAGUCAUAUCCUGAGUAUGCAGAAAGAGGGAAAUAGCUGCCAUAUAAAUAUACUAAAGCUCACACAAGUCGGCGUCCUGAAGCAUCACGAAAGCGUCUUCAACUGUCUUUCUUUCAGUCUCUCCUCACUUUAACUCUCUUUUUCUGCUCAUCCUUCAGAGUUAGUGUGUAGUCAUUUUGUCAUGCCUGUCGAUCUACUGCUGCUCCUCUCCAUCUUUUAUCUUCUGCUGUGGAUCAAUCUACUGAGACCAGCCUCUGUUGAUGUUGACAAGCACCACCCAGCUGCCACUCUUUCCCUCUGUCUUUUUGUUUUGGUCCUGUUUGCCAGUUUACAGCUUUUUCCUCUCUUGUCUUCACAUAUUGCUGGUAAACUAGAUGCAAACAUGCUCUGUUAUUUGAAAAUAACACUUUGAAAGUGCUUCAGGGGUCACUGAGUGCAUGAAUGCAUUCUUUUGUUUUAUUGAUGACACAUACAUAAAUAUUAAUAGGAUUUCAAGGACAGUUUUCAUUUAAAGGUAUUAUGCAGCAGAGUAAAAUGCUUUGAAAUAAUGAUUGAUUGGAGUAAAUUGAAAUAUAGAGGCUUCUGGCUCAGAUCCAUGACACAAGGGCACCAAAAAAAAAAAAACCUGAACUUCCCUGACAUCCAGUGUGGCUAAACCCCCAUCACCUUUUUUAAAAUGGAUUUCCCCAGCUCCUUUACUAGGGCAGGUUUUUACCUCUAGCGUCUCUGUAAACUAGAAAUUCAAACUUUCUUAAUUUUGUAUUACAUUCACAGCCAUUUUUGCAUUCAGUCCUUUUCUAAAGUUAUGUUUUGGGCUUUUUGCCUUAAUUAGAUAGGCCAGCUGAAGGGAGACAGGGAAUGUAGGUUGAUGUGUAGCAAAGAGGUUGUGGCGAGGAAUUGAACCAGUAACCAUAAGCUUCUUACAUAGGUUACUGCUGAAAACGUUGUCCUGUCAUCAUUACAGCUUCAUACUUAAAAAUUGCAUGACGGCAUUGGGACUGUGAGUGGUGCAGCAAGGGACUCCACAUACACACAGCCAAGUAUGCACAUACACACCGUGCUGUUCUACACUGGAAUGACUUCGACCCACCAUAACGCCUUACACACUGCAGAGGAGGUGUAACAGGGGCGUAAAUAUGGCAGUAUGUAAGAGCCUACAGCCUCCAUACAUGGGAUGUUUAGACUUCCAGAUGAACUAAUUAGUAAGUCUGAACAACUUGAAGCUGGAGCACAGCGGUUUUUGUUGUAAGAGGUUCUUCCCACUCUGAGAACCGCCUCAAAUUUCCCUGCGUGUGCUUCUUUGCACCCUUCUGACAUGUAUACUCACAGGCACACAGAGACCCACACACAAACUCUGUCUAAGAGGAAGAAGCAUGUCAUCAGGGAUUGAGCCUGCUUUUAUUCAACCUGACUCUCAGGUGAAUUGGUAAUUGAAGCUCACCCUCUGUAUAAGGCUCUUUUCCAAAGGCCAUUAAUUUACCCCUUGUGGCACUGUGGGAAGGAAGAGAACACAUAAGGCUUUCACCUUGUUUCACACCAUUCACUUUGAGGCAGAUUGCACCUUCCUUAGCAGGGGUAUAAUUUUUUCUGCAACAUCACAGUGUUAGUCAAAGGUGUCUAAAAAAAUGGCUGCUCUUGCCUUCAUGACUAAAAUGACUUCAAAGUGACUUCCCAGGAAAUUGGUUCACCUUUCCACUGACUUGUAUGAACAUUGCUAACAAAUGGGACAUCUGACUGCACUACCUCAAUGUCAAUUAACAUUUUUAAAGUGGUGGGUGAGAUAAAUAAAUACAUUUAUAAGCACACGGGAGUCUUUUUAAAAAUGAUUUUAUGCACUCCUGGAAGAAGCUUUUAAAAACAAGAUUAACCACAACAACACUGAUGCAGUUGCACAACUAUUACUCUUAAGCCAUUUGCCUUCCAGAUUCUGCAUUUGUAUAAAAAGAUGUAUAAUUUAUUGCUUAUUCAGAUCAGAGAUGAUGAAAGAAACAGAAGGCUGGUUUAGUUUGGCAUGAAGUAAAUCUAGCCUGAGUCUGCCUCAAGUGUCGAUCAAUUCUGUGCAUAUCAAAUGACAUACAAUGUGGAAAUAAUUCAGCUUUAAAGGUGUUAAGAUUUACAUUGUGUUACCUCUGGAUGAGCAAGGCUAGCUAUUUAUGCUCUUUCGCUGCCUUUACACAUUAAAUUCUUUUAAUUCUUUCUUUUUUCACCAGGCAUGGAUGUAUAACUCCUUGUACUUUGGCUGUUAUAAUGCCAAUCACAUGCUAUGAAGGAAAUGACAGCAUUGGCAAAGAGUGUGUGAUUGUGUGCACAGGAUUUGAGUGAGCAAUAAUGAAAAAUGUUCUUUACACUGUGCAGACUGGAUAGGUUUACAAAUGUCUUCUCUUUAUUUCCUAUUUUGCAGUCAUCCUAAAUUAUUCUGUGAAACAUUUGACCGGUUAAAAUGAUUCAACUCUGCUGGACAUGCAACAUAGGUCCCCUAUGUGAAUAAUGUGGGAGUGUCCUUCGCUCAUACAGUUUGAUGGGUGACACUUUCCCUCACUGUGGCAAGCUGGGGAUCUGUGGGCACAGACGUCUUCCUGUGAAAUGUCACACCCUUCUGUCCUCAACAUCACUGUGAAUACAAAUGACAGUCUGUUUGCCAUCUGUGGACUGGUGGCUCUUCACUCCAAGGGCCAGAGAGGCUACUCUGAAUAUAUUAGGAAAAAGUCUGGAUUUAAAUUUGGCAGGAUAGAACUUAUUUUAAUUAUUUUCCUUUUUUUGUUUGUGUUUUUCUUUUAUUUUCUCUUUAUAAUAGUGAAACUCUUAUUGGUUGUUUGGCUUUAAUCUUUUGCCUCCUGUGUAGAACAAUCACCUUUUUCUUUUUUAAAUGGUGUAACAGGCUUGCAAUUGACAGGAAAGUGGUUUUAGAAGCUCAUCGAGAGCCUCCUCUCUAAUCCCGUGUUUUAAUUUAACAGCUAAUAGAGUACUUUAUUCGACUGGGCUUGGUUUCCUCAGAGCAACCACUAGUGUCUUCUCAUAGUCUAAUGAUGCUUGUCUUGAAGGCCAGGCUAAUAUUGAGGGGUUUAAGUGCGAUACUGUAAUGCGCUGGUAAUGACAGUGAAAGAUUUCUGCAGAGCAUGUCUGUGUUGCACAUAGAUGUGGAAGAAGUGAACAUUUUUUCAAUCUGCAUUCUCUCUCCUCGGCUCUUCAUGAAGAUCCUCAGAACAGAGUUUAUAGUUUUGUCACCUCUCCUGCAUGUGGUGUACCACUAUCUAUAACCAUGUGCCAAAAAUAUGUCAAAAUGUGUCUUCUCUUUGUACCCCCAUUUUAAAGUCAUCCCAUGUCUCUGCCAAAAGCAGCAAGAACCUUUCUGGCUGCUCUCACAGGCAAAUAAAUAUUCUGUCCUAAAAAUGUCAUGAUAGAUUUUUGGGGAGAUCCAACCUCCCAUUUCCAUUUCAAGGAACCUGAAGGUCUUUUGAUCAAACUAAAAAAGCUGCGCAUCUAUACCUUCCCUAGAUUUUGUGGAGAUAAUAGCAAGAAAUCCCGAAGACAAAAAUGUGCACUUCUGUGAGAAAUUCAGGAUAUCUAGUUGGCAAGGUUUCACUUCUUCAAAUCCACAUUGACUCCCAAACCAACAUCCCAUGUAAUGUGGAACAUCAAAUCUCAAAUAAAAACUGCUUUCUCAAAGUGACUUUAUGACACCUAACCUUACACAUGCUCAGCUACGCUCCCAUCAGAGUUAUAAGAAACACAUUCAAACUCACAUAUCCGGCCACUGCAUAGAGUGCAUAAUUGUCAUAUGUCAAACGUCAUAUCUCCUCAUCAUUUGUUUUUCCAGUCUCGGCAGACCCCAGAAGGUGAGUUCCUUCCCCUGGACCAGUGUGAGCUAGAUGUGGGUUUUGGGACGGGGGCAGACCAGCUCUUCUUGGUGUCACCUCUGACCAUCUGCCAUGAGAUCAACACCAAGAGUCCGUUCUUCGAUCUGUCGCAGCGCUCGCUGAUGAACGAGCAGUUUGAGAUUGUCGUCAUCCUGGAGGGAAUCGUUGAGACUACCGGUUAGAUGAAGUUUUUAUAUUAAAUAAUAACUCUGUCUGCACUUUCAUUUCCCUAAAUAAUUUUUGAUCAUCGUUUAGCCUGAGGUAGAGAGCAUUUCUCUGUGAUAUAAAAUAAAUUAUUUAACUGAAUGAUUAAUUUCAUGGUCUUUAAUUAUUCAAUGGCACAAGAUUCUGCUUCUGUUAUGUGUGUGUGUGUGUGUGUGUGUGUGUGUGUUACUUUUAAUAUAUCCAGCUCUCUUCCCUCCAGCAGUUUUCCACUUUUAAUUUCUGUUCCCUGUCUGGCUAACAGGCCAUUUUUAUUUAACAGCUCACUUUCAACUUUUUCCUCCAAGAGAUCACUGUGCUUUUAGUAUUCUCCUUUGGCUUCUUUUUGCCUGCCUUUUUAAAUGUUUCUCUACACUUGCGUCUCAUCUCCCCAUCCUAGGAAUGACAUGCCAGGCGAGGACGUCUUACACUGAAGAUGAAGUCUUGUGGGGCCAUCGUUUCCUCCCCGUCAUGUCACUGGAGGAGGGUUUCUUCAGAGUCGACUACUCCCAGUUCCACAACACAUUCGAGGUCCCUACGCCUCCAUACAGCGUCAAAGAGCAAGAGGAGAAGUCCUCACUGACGUCACCCAACCCUCUCCCUGUUGCACCAACCCCCAACUCCCCUCCAUUGGGUAACGGUGGCCGUGGAGGCCGCAGGGAAAGGCUCCUGUCUGCUGAUUGUGUAGAUCAUGCAGAGGAUCAGGCCACCAGGCUGCCCAGCAAGCUCCAACGCAUGAGCUCCACCAGGGAGGAGCUCCUCUGGAAGGGGCUGAAGACUGGGCCACCCUUGCCAGGGGGCAAGGCCUCCAGCACAGGAGACCUUCCACUCAGUAUUCAGAGGCUGAGGUCCAGCUCGAUCCCAGUCGUGAGGCAAGGACAGCCAGAGGAGCAGGUCCAGCUGCUGUCCUUGGAUGGAGAAGCAGAGGAGGGGGAGUUGGAGAAACACAGACUGCCAGCGGCAAUUAGCUCCAUUGCUGCUCCUGCCCCUACACAAGUCCAGAUCCCUUUGGUUGGGAGUCGGCCAGAGGACAACCUACCACCCAAACUGCGUAGAAUGAAUGCUGACCGCUGACUUCUGCUGCAACUUUUAAGACUUUAAAUAUUCAAAAAACUGAAUCAGGCUUAAUGGGCAUUGCAUAUAAAAUGAAAACUACUGUGAUAUACUGGAAGUUUAUUUUUUCCUGCAGAUUUUGACCAGUAUUUUACCUUUACUUACGGGCUCUCUACUAAGUUGUCUAUAGCCACAAAUAGAAGGACAACACCAAUAAGCCAUCCAUCCGCUCAUACUGUGAGUCGUUUUUGAUAGAUCACCAUCUGUGCCCCCCACUGACUUCUCACACUUCUGCCCUUGUGCUUGUUUCUUUCACUGCUAUUUACUGAGUUGCAUCAAAGACUUUAUAAAAACCCAAACCACCACCGUUUUUAACUUAUAAAGUACCAAAGUGGCGGUCAUAAAUGAGACUGACCUUUAUUGACCAUUUGCUAAACCCUUUCCACAAACAGCGAUAGUCCAGUGAUUAUCUGGAAAGUACUAUAACUACACACAGCAGGUCUUUUACUCAAUAGAUUUUACAACAGUCUCAAGAUCAGCAAAAAGCGUCUCAAUGUGCAAUUUUAGCAGAAUUCACUUUCUAAGGAACCUUUAUGAAUAAUACUAAAUAGCAACGCUGGAGUCUCUGGUACUGAUGAAGUCUAUUCUUCACUCGCUCCAGGACUUUGCUUCUUUUCAUGAAGCAUUGUUUGCUUGUUGGUUCUUCGUAUGCCUGAGCUUCUUUUUGUUCAACCUACAACUUCAGUUUUGAAUUUUUGUCUUUUUCAAUGAAAUUGCUGUAGCAUAUGAGAUUGUUUGACUCAUGUAUAGACAAAUAAGCACUGGGUUUAGACUUGUAGGAUGUUUUUUUAAUUGGUUCAGACAGCAUUAGCCUCGGAGGCAACACUGACUGACAUAUAUACACAAGAGAGUCAGUGUUGCAAGCACGGUGCAUUGUGUAGGUGUUUCAAUUGGUUCAAACCAGUGCAAGGAUUGUUCAUAACCGGGGAUAAAAUAAAUGUUUAGUAGCUAUUUGUCUGGAGUCAGGGCAGGGAGCUUGGGGCACUGCUCUAGUCAAACCAGGAUGUACGGUCACACUAAUAAGAUGAUUGAUGAUUAUUAAAUAACAAGGAAGUGAGUCUGGUGACACAAAUCGUGGCACAUGCUGUCGUAGUAGCGUGAUUGGUAAAAUAUGCGAAAAGGGUGCAGUGAUUAAAAAAGUGCAUGAAGCAUUGACUUUUGAUACCAAGUUAGGCUCUAACAUGGGCAUGUAGGAGGCAGUGUUACAAUUUCUUUGCUUGCAGUGGCUCUCCUCCCAAUUUGUGAUAUUUUUUUUAUUAAAAGCAUGUAGAUUAAGAGUUUAUUUCUUUGAACCAGGCUGCAAAAUGUUAUGGUAUGGCUUACACUGUGUGUUUUCAUGCUUUAAAGUUAACUGCACAUGUCAACAUGGCUGAAAAAAGAGGUCUAUGAUGAGCACAUUUACUCUGUAGUGAAAUAUCACUGUGUGGGAGCUAAUCCUAGAACUAUUGCUAUCAGAGUGUACACUCACAUUAAAACCCCUGAGCUGCUCUUUUACAUUUUAAAUGCUUUGCUAGCCAAAUACGAUAGUUGGUUCAAAAAAUAAAGGGAUUUUUCAAAAAUACUGUAUUUUUCUUAAAUGAUGAAGUCAAGCAGCCAAAUAAAGCUUAAUGAAAAUGUAUUAAAACAAAACAAAAAAAAGCUGUUAGUUCUCACAUUUACCUUUUUCAAACUUCAGGUAGUAAAAUAAUUUGCAUUCCAUUCUGCUGUAGCUCAGCUUUUACGCUAACUUCUUACCUCUGUGACCUGUUAGCGUUAGCUGCAGUCUUCUAGCACAAAUAAUGUACUGUUAAUGUUCAUCAGAAUUUUACUUCUGACCCCUUUAACUUCAAUGUUAAUGGUCAAGCCAGAGACAUUUAAAAACUUAAUGGAAACUAGGUGUUGAAAAAAAAACAAUUAAGCUAAUAUUAGCUUAAUUAAUAGCUUAAGUAGCUUAAUAAGUUUGCAAACAUAAACCAGGCUAUAUUGGCAGUUUUUGGCUAGAAACAAGUCUACCUCUGUAUGACAUCAAAAAACACUUCUUUGUAAAUUUUUUAAAUAUUUCUGAAGUCAAUCUGCCCAAUGUCUUUGUGGAUAUCACACAAAAAGUGAGAAAUUUAGAGAUUAAUAAAUCUGGCAACAGUAAAGAAGGGAAGCAGGGCUUAACAAGUGGUCAAUUCUACAAAAGGGUAAAAAAUAUAUAUAUCAGAAUAACUCUGAAAUACUUAAUUUAUCACUUUUACUCAAUAUUUGAUUUUUUUCGAAUGCUUAUUUGUUUUGUAAUUUUACUAUAUUAAAAUUUUAACAAUUUUUACCUUUCUGCACUGUGGUUGCAUUUGCCUAGUUUAUGCUUAGGAAGUAAAAUAUGGCUAAACUUUGGACUUUCUUUAAUGGAGAGAUAUAUUAUUUAAAUGUAAAACAAAUAUUUGGGAAGGCAGGGAUGUUGAUAUCAGGAGACAUGUAUUAUUGCUUAGAUUACAAUAAGUUAUAUCUUUAUAUUGCAACUGCUGAAUAAAUAAUUUGGAAUCACA